GAUUAGUGGCAAUGAAAGUCUUACAAGCCAAGUAUGAACAAAGCAGUUUGUGCUUGAAGGCGACCCACGUGACGGGAACAGUGAAAUGGUUCAAUGUAAAGAACGGAUACGGCUUUAUUAACAGACUUGAUACUAAAGAAGACAUCUUUGUUCAUCAGACAGCUAUAAUAAAAAACAACCCAAAGAAGAUUGUACGGAGUGUAGGAGAUGGAGAGACUGUAGAGUUUGAUGUUGUUGUGGGAGAUAAGGGAAAUGAAGCAGCUAAUGUAACGGGACCUGAUGGAGCCCCUGUUCAGGGGAGCCGCUAUGCAGCAGAUAAACGACCUUUUCGUAGGCGAUAUAUUUCCAGGCGACGCUCACAACGUAGACUCCCACGACGAGAAGAAGAUGAUGAGCAAGAGGAAAAGCAAGAUCAAGAUCCUGAUGAGAGGCGUCAGAGACGUGAAGAACCUCGAAUGCCCAGGAGGAGACGUGCUUAUUUUCGUGACAAUAACUAUCGGCCUCGGGGACCACCUCGUACAAGGGAGGAAGACCAGCAGGUUACUGAAGGAGGCAAUGUGUCACAACAGAGGGACCAGGAACAACGUCGAGCACCUCGGCGGUAUCGUGGCCGGUAUUUUCGGCGCAGACCUAGACAUGUAUCUGAAGAAGGUCACAACAGUGAUGGUGAGCCAGUAAAUGACGCCGAAGAAGAUGUUAACAGACAGAGAGAAGAAAGCAUUCGUCAACCACCUCGUAGACCUCGCUUUAGGUAUGGAAGAGGGCGUGGAAGGUUUCGAAGAGGAAAUCCUAGACCAGAGAGAGAGACAAAGGAUAAUGAACCCGACUCAACUACAAAUGGCACUGCACCUCCUGUAGAAGCUAUAAGCAAAAUCCCUAAUGGGUCUGCUCCAUCUGGAGAGGCAGCAAGUGAAGUUCCUAAGGAUCAACGGAGUAAAAUUAGAGAUUCAGCAAGUGAUGAGCAAACUACAUCCGAGCAGAUUAGUGUAUUGGAUUGUAGCAGAAGUGGCGAGUCAACAGUAACUACCACUUGUGUCCCUACAGAGAUUAAGACAGCGGCAAACCAGGUGGCUGCUCCACAAGAGAAUGGGACUGAAUGUUUUCCUUCUGAAAAAGUGGCAUCACCUUAAUGGAUGACCUUAACACCUUUUUCUCUUGCAUUCAAAGUAGAUGGAGGUGCAUUUUACAUCAGAUUUUUGAUAGAACUGUGUCUAACACCAUUGAUAAGUUUUGUUUUGUUUUCUUCAUCAACAGCUGUGCAUUUAGGCAAGUGCACGUUCUAUAACACCCUGAGGCUAAAAUGCACAUGUUUCAACCGCAAUUAUUAUCAAUUCAACUUGAACUGAAUUGAAUAAAAUCAGAAAUUACAGAUUUGCCACAAAUUAUUAUUAUUAAUUGGUUGAUAUUUGUUAUAAUUUCUAAAUGUGGCAAAGGAUAUUUUAGUGCCCAAUUAAAUAUACUGGUGGACUUUGAGCAAUGUCGGUAAAGGUAUGUUGAUUUCAACUGCAGGUGAGUCAGUGGUGGUAUCUCGAUUUAAAAUUGGCAGGUGAAAGAUCUUUAGAAGAAUAAUGUAAUCCAAAGAAAUAAUUUAUUUCCUUAAGCAUCUUCCCAAGUUGUGUGGAAGGAUAUAUUGUUAUUUUCCCAUAAAAAAAUAAAUAAAUAAAUAUUUUGGGAGGCAGUGUGAAAUUUGUACAGGUCAUCUGGGACGUUUGUAAAACAUGUGCAUUUGCAAUAAAAGUUUAUUGGUUGCAUUAUAUCAAUUUA